AAGAAGAUUGACGCUGCUGUCUACAGCAGCUGGCCAAUCAGCUGACAGCUUCUGUAUUCAAGCAGUGAUGUGAGAAAUAUGAUAAUUUUUUCCCUGCUGAAGAAGUGACAGUGUGGGGAAUACAGCUCUAUUGUAAUGGCUUGCCUCACAGAGCAUGUCAGAGCACAGAAUUGGGUUGAAAGGAUUAGGAUGUUUAGGCGUUCGUUUCCCCAGGGAGACUCCAUUUGUCUAAUGUGAAGGACAUGCUGUCAGGUGGAAAGGGAAUUUGUUCUACAUAUUGCUCAGUGAUUCUGGGAAUAAACGGCCUGUAUAUUUUUCCUCAUUUUUUACUGGAUUGAAUAAACUGAACAAGUCCUCCUGCAAACACCUACAGGAAGUUGUGGUGUUCCACUUUGGCAGUUGGUUUAUAACUGAUGAAGCUUAUUGAGGAGACGGUGCAGAAAACAGCUUCUUUGCCUUUGAGACCAGGGCAAUAUUCUUCAGCUUUAAAGUCAUAUGAAGGAAUCUUGGUAGCUCAGCUAAUCUUGAUGUAGAGGCAGCAGUAGUUUUCCCACAUUUGAAAAUCCAGCAUCCAAGAGGGAAUAGUAAUAUCUGCAGUUUCAAGCAUGGAGUGAACAGAAUUCCAUUGUCCUGAUUGAGGUACAUCAUUGGUAAAAGAAUCUACAUUAAGAAAAUGGAAACCUCAUCUUCUUUAAAGGGGCAUUCCUUACCAUCGUUACUGAGAUCCAGUGCCAUGUAUUUCUAAUGAUGUGAGGUCCCUAGGUUCUGCUGCUUGUCGACCGUUUAGUAACACAGAUUAAAGAACUUCAUGCUCUGUCUGUACACCUUCUCAGUCACGUUAUCAGUUUAAUGCAGAGCAUGUCCAGUACGGAUAGAUGUGAAGUAAUUCUAUAAACAUCUACAUCUAAUGCGUAAAGAAAACUGCUUGGGACAUUCAGUGCAAUAUCAGUCUGUACACUAAUCAAACACCUGGAAAAAUGGGACUAUCUAUCUAUUAAAUACAUAACAGCACCGAAUACUGCCCGUGUUUGCACAGCAUUUGAGUGAUUUAGCACUUAAAACGUAUUAGACUAGAAUGGAACCUGGGGACACUGCAUUAGGACAGGGCACAGCCCCAAGAUCUAGAGACACUCUUGCACAACACAGCAACUGGCAGCAGGACCCAUCAGCCCUUACUGCGAUGAGCACUUUCGGCAGCCAUCAGAGUCGACAAGCAUCUCAAACAGAUCUUACACAACUUUCCAGUGCAAUGCCAGUACAACCAUACAGUUCAGGGAAACUGCAGGUAUCUGCAGAAGGAACACAGCAGCUUCCAGAAAGACAGUAUCAACAUCACUUCCCUAGCAAUUACCCAUACCAGCAGUCACUUUCUUUUCCACAACAAUCCCUGCCUCAAAGAUUUUUGCACAGUACAAAACCACAACGGAGCUUAGAGGAACCUUCUUGGCAAUUUAGUACACAGCUUCAAUCUGUCACUCCAGAAGAUGUGUUUUCUGUUCAUUCACAAGGCCAGACUGGAGUAUUCCCUAGAAAGAAAGCAGCAUUUGGACAGUAUCCUCAAAAAUCAGUGGAACAGUCAGAAGAUAGCCAUAAAAAAGAACUGAAACCCAAGAAGCCUGGUAAAUACAUUUGCCACUAUUGUGGCCGAGCUUGCGCCAAACCUAGUGUGCUGAAGAAACAUAUCCGGUCACACACUGGGGAACGGCCUUACCCUUGUGUGCCAUGUGGAUUCUCUUUUAAAACUAAGAGCAACCUGUAUAAGCAUAGAAAAUCACAUGCCCAUGCCAUCAAAGCAGGGUUGGUUACUUUGACGGACAUUUCUUCUAAAGCUGAGUUAGAUGACAGUUUCACUGGUGGAGAGCCAGAAUUCCACUCUGAUGGUGACCAAAGCACAGAUACUGAUGAAGAGAAUACUUUAGGUGUAACUGGUUCUUCAUUGUCUGAAAAAGGCAGUCACACUCUCCAGCUUUCAUAUGAUACAGACAAGAAUUCACUUAGCAAGCGGAUAGAAAUGGCUAACCCUGAUUUUCAGUUGCCCACAGAAGAGUCAGCAGUAGGAGCCAUGAAAGUGCCAAUUUUGAUAGUCCCCAAAAGUCGGCUGCAUAGCAAAGCAUCUCAAUUUACAAAAUCUGAACUACUGCAAAGCACAGUUUUUGCUACCAAGGUUGAUGAACCACAUACCGUAAAGCAAAGACUUGCACUUAUACUAACUGAAAAGAGAGACCAGGAUUCGGAACAGUCUCUAAAUCUUUUAAGCCCACACAGCAAAGGUAGUACAGACUCUGGGUACUUUUCUCGCUCAGAAAGUGCAGAUCAGCAGGUUAGCCCACCAAAUACAAAUGCCAAGUCUUAUGAAGAAAUCAUGUUUGGAAAAUAUUACAGGCCUAAUCCAAGAAGUUCAGUGUCAGUUUCAGGUGUGACAGCAGUGAGCCAAGAAGGGCAGUUAAUGGACAAGAAAGAUAAAACUGGGUCAUUACCUGUGUCUGGUCCCAAAGUAGGUAUGAACAAAAUUAUUGAAGAACACAUUUCACAACUAAUUACAAACAAUGAAGUACUAGUUGACCCUAGUAAAAUAAACACAGUAAAACCAAGAAGAUUAUCAAGGGGUGAUAGCUCAGAUUCUCAAAAGUCAGUAACUGUUAUGGGACCUGGCAGAGGGGAGACGCAGCUUUUGUCAGGUACUCAUAACACUGCGGGAUUGCUAUUAGAAAUGUCAGAGACAUCACCUCUUAGUAGAAGCAAUUCAAUGCCAACUUCAUCUGCAACCAGUUUAUGUGCCCCCCAGUCCCUAAGGGGAAGUCAUUCAUUUGAUGAGCGAAUGUCUAACUCAGAUGAUGUCUUUUAUCCGGGAACAGUAGGCUUGCCUCCUCAACGUAUGUUAAGAAGGCAGGCUGCUUUUGAAUUGUCCUGUACUCAAGAGGGACAUUCAGAUUCAGAUCAGUUCAGUAAAAUGGCAAAAGCUUUUCAUGAAGUGACUGUAAGAUCACCUGGACUUGAUUCAGGGCUUUUGUCCAAGGAAAGAAGGUUACAGGGAGGUGACAGAAGCAUAGAAUGUGAUAUAUGUGGGGCAAGUUUGAAGAAGUGGGAUGAGCUGGAUGGGCACAAAAUGAAAUGCCGAGAAAUACAUUCACAGAUGGUACUGACUGGAAUACCCUCUGGGGGCGAAUCUUACUAUGAGUUUAUCAACCAGCAGCAGUUAAUGCAUUACAAAGGUACAGUGACACCUGAAACCAGGAAGCGCAGGAAAGAAAAGAGUGUUGGAGAUGAAGAAGAUGUUCCCAUGCUUUGCAGCAGUGGACCUGUUUUAUCUGAUUAUGGUGCUAAAUCCUCAAGUCAAGAAGGAGCAAAGUCUUUGUCAGGUUCAACAGGUUAUGAUUUCAGUGUUCACAGUCAAACAGAAUAUGUUGAAGUAGGCAGAAGUUUCACUGGAAGUCCUGCAACAGAAGACUUGGACCAGGAAAAAACAUCAGAUUCAAGCAGCAGAAAGCCACAAGGAAAUGUAAUUUCUGUUAUACAGCAUACAAAUUCACUGAGCAGACCAAGUUCAUUUGAGCGAACUGAAUCUACAGAGCUCAUUACCUGCCCACCUGAAAAAUCUGUUUCACAUUCCGAGCCCCUUGAGAAUGAAAUCACAGAUUCCACAGCAAAUCCAGAAUGUAUCCAGCAAUUAGAAGGUGCUGAUCCUGGUCAUGUGCCAUCUUCAUCCCAGGAAAUGCAACAGUACCAUAUACAGCCUAAGCUUGUACGCCAGAACAACAUACAGGUACCGGAGAUACGUGUCACAGAGGAGCCUGAUAAACCCGUUAAGGAACUGGAGGUGCAACAACCUAAAGAACAAGAAAAGCCGCCUGAGGAAUUUCAGUGGCCUCAAAGAAGUGAAACUCUUUCACAACUUCCAGCAGAAAAACUGCCACCUAAAAAGAAGAGGUUGCGUCUUGCUGACAUGGAGUACUCUUCUGGUGAGUCUAGCUUUGAUUCAACAUGCACAAGCCUUUCCCGUAGUCCGAGUCAAGAAAGUAAUUUAUCUCACAGCUCCAGCCUUUCAAUGUCAUUUGACAGGGAAGAAACUCUUAAAGCUGUUACUCCGAGCAGACCAGAUGAAAGUGGAAAACAGUCAGAAUUCCUUACUGUUCCAGGAGGUACACAUUCGCUUUUUGUUCCAGGUCAUCAUCAAAAAGAAAUGCGGAGGUCUUCAUCAGAACAAAUUCCUUGUCAGUAUCCUACUGAAAUUCCAGAUGUGCGCAGUAAAUCCUUUGAUUAUGGGAAUCUUUCUCAUUCAUCUGCACUAGGAUCUUCAGUUGCUUCCUCUUCCCCGCGAGAAAGAAGGAGAUGUUUUCUUGUGCGCCAGGCUUCCCUUAGUGUACAUCCAGAAGCCCACAUUGAUCCAGUUACUGAUCAAAAUGCUAAGCAGGAGCAGUUGGAUCAUAUGCAAGUGAACCAGCAGCCCACCCAAGUCCCUUGGCAUCAUUCUGUUCCCCCAAGUCUACACUCAGUUGCUUCUGGAGACUCUGGUCAACAGACUGUUGGCCCUUUGUCUUGUGUCCAGCCACUUAGCAGCUUACACUGCAUACAGCAACAUGUCUUACCAUUUGAUGUUCAUCAAGAAAUGUUCAGAAGUCCGCUGACAUCACAGAAAUCGAGUGUUUGUAGCCAGCAGUCAUUGGAACAAAAAGGUCAACCAUCUUUGCUUCAUUAUCCAGAGAAAGUACAGUUGCCUUUGUCAUACAAUAACUUACCACGAUUGCCCUAUUCAGUUGCAUGUGAAACUUCAUUACCAGUCCAUUCAUCUGCUGUUUGGCCGCAAUGUUCAGAAGCUCCCCAAGGUCACUUACCAUAUCACUUUUCCCAGAAGAUACAUAAGUUCCAUAUUAAACCAUCUAGUCUUCAAGUUAUCCAGCAAGAGUCCCAUCAUGCUUACCAAGUGGACGAAAGCCAAGAAAGUAUGGGUAAGAAGUCUGCCAUUCAUUCACAGUCAAGGGAUCAGAUAUUUCCACGUUAUUCAGGGGCUUCACCUCCCCAGUCCAAAAGCCCUCUUGCAAAGACAGCGAAAGACCAUACUUCAUCAACAGUUGCCUGUUCUAUGCAGCAUCCUCAACCUUUAUUUCCCGCAAAGAGCGCUGAUGCCCUGCAUUCAACAUCAGAUGCAGUUGUUCCUGUCCGUUUACAGACCCAUGUACCGUCAUACGGUAGCAUCAUGUACACAAGUGUCUCACAGAUUGUUGUUACCCAUGCCCGUGGUACGAGCUCUGCAAUUGUAAUUUGCAAGGUAGAUGAGAAUAUUAACAGAAGCACAUUAGCAACAUCUGCUGGUGUUCGGCAUGUAAGCCUUAAUCUGGCUCAAAUGCUGAGUCACCAUGGAGGUUUGGUACAGUACCCAAUGUGGAAGGUUCCAGAGACGCUACCAGUCAGAUUGGAUUCUGCAGUUCCAUUAUGUCUGCCAUCUACCACAGAUGCAACUUCCACUUUAGGAGGAAGCAAACGCAUGCUUUCACCCGCAAGCAGUCUAGAGUUGUUCGUGGAGACCAAGCAGCAAAAACGUGUAAAAGAUGAGAAGAUGUACGGACAGAUUGUAGAAGAAAUGAGUGCAGUGGAACUCGACAAUUCAAACAUCAAAAAAGAAGCAAGCAGGUCCCAAAAACCGCUGUUAGUAAGGCAGUAUUGCACAACGGAGUCAAAGGAUAGUCCAUCUUCAUUGUCAUCAUCAUCAUCACCAUCAUCAUCUCAGGAUUUCUCAGCAAUGACUCCUCCUGCGGUAGACUGCAUCUCUGAGACUAUACAGAGCCAUUUGGAAUCUGGGAGGACGUUAUCUGGCCUGAAGGGUGGCAGUGGCACCUCAGAUGGCAGAGAUUCACCAGAAGAACUGGAUAUAGAUGAAACUACAUCAGAGAUGAGCUUAAGCCCUCAACAACAUUCAUUAACGCCUUGUGACAUUCGUCAAAAAGGGCAGCUAAAACAGCAUCCAAAGCUUCCUGUCACCAUGUUAGUUCAGUUUGCUGCUAAUCAGAGUGGAGCAGUCUUGGGAUCUACAAUUCUUCUUACUGAUGUUGCAGAUGUUCAACAGUUCCUUCAAUUUCCUAGUUUGCGUACAACAACAGGUGUUAGUUGGUGCUUCUUGAAUUACACCAAACCUAACCACGCACAUCAAACAACUGUGAAAUCAUCUGUCUAUGCUUCUUGGUGCAUUAGUUCAUAUAACCCAAACCCACCUGGAAUGAAUACUAAAGUUGCUCUAGCACUCUUGAGGUCUAAGCAAAGUAACACAUCACACCUGUUCAGCAUGGCAGCCAUGUACCGUCCAGGAACUGGAAAACUGACAUCCUCUGGAGCGUGGAAUCAGCAGGUUACUCAGCAGGUAAAACCUGAGCUGUCACUACAAGCUGGUGCUAAAGCUGAAAAGAAAUUGGUAGGAAGUGUAACAAAAGAAAGAACUAAAGCAGAAAGCCAUGGAGAUAAAGAUGGUUCAGCAAAACAAGGUGAACCUACCCGGAUUAAAAUCUUUGAAGGAGGGUACAAGUCAAAUGAAGAUUAUGUUUAUGUAAGAGGGCGUGGUAGAGGAAAAUAUAUUUGUGAAGAAUGUGGAAUUCGCUGCAAGAAGCCAAGCAUGUUGAAGAAGCAUAUUCGUACACAUACAGAUGUUCGGCCGUAUGUAUGCAAGUUCUGCAACUUUGCCUUCAAAACAAAAGGAAAUCUGACAAAACACAUGAAAUCUAAAGCACAUAUGAAGAAAUGCUUAGAACUUGGAGUAUCAGUAACAUCAGUGGAUGAUGCAGAAAUAGAAGAGUCAGAAACCACAGAGGAAAUGCAAAAAGACGUUACAAAGGCAGGCAUGUCAACUGAACAUCAGUUUUCUGAUGCUGAUGAUUCAGAUGUUGCUGAAGAGGAGGGAGAUGACAUUGAUGAUGAUGAGGAUGAGGACGACGAAUCGGAGGAUCACCAAGGGGACUUAACACCAAAAACACGAUCUAGAAGUACCAGUCCUCAGCCCCCACGGUUUUCUUCCCUUUCAGUGACUGCUGCCUCCCAUAUCACAGCAUCAGAAAGCACCGCGCCUCCAUCACUAAUGAACUAUUUUGUUACGUUGCCUAGCAUUCAGGUUACUCAGCUUAUGGCACCAAGUGAUAUGUAUGGUGACAGGCACGUAGGGGAAUAUCAAAGGCUUUUGCAGGGAGGCUUCCCAGAUUCAGAGCCUGACAAGGACAGGUUGGAUGUACCAAGCUUUACUGAUGAUGAGUAUAUGCCUUUUUCAGAAACUAGUUCAUCACCUAGAGACCUGUCACCCUCUAGGUAUACAUGCUCCAGUAGACAGUCGUCACCAGGGUAUGACUCUUCGCCUUGUCGCGAUAGUUCACCAAAGAGGUACCUCUCACCAGGGAGGGACUUGUCACCUAGAACUCACUUUUCACCAAGAAGAGACUUGUCACCCAUGAGGCACCUUUCACCAAAAAGGGACGUUUUUAGGCAGGAUCUGUCUCCAAGGAGAGAACUGUCACCAAGAAGACAUUUAUCUCCAAGGCGAGAUACCCCAUUGGGACGACCAGUUUCACCUGGCAAGGACAUACUGACAAGGCGAGAAUUAUCUCCACGGAGAGAAAGAAGAUUUAUGCCCAUUAUGAGAGCAGCAUCCCCAAGAAGAAUUUCAUGCCACAGCUCUGGCUGGCCCAUGGGUCAUUGUUUACCUUCCGAUUCUCUUCCUUGGAGCCAUACACUAAAACCUCAUCCAGAAAUUGGAAUGAAUUUGAAAAAGGGAGUUCCUCAGGCUCCUUAUUGUGGUGUGAAUGUACAAAAAGAAGGGGGACAUGGACAUCAGAGUCUUGAAACAUUUGCUGAGGGCCGUAAAGACUAUGUUUUCAGUCACCUACCUCUACACUCCCAGCAUCAGGUCCGGGCAUCAUUACCUAUGAUCCCCAUUGGUGGUAUUCAAAUGGUGCAUUCUGUUCCUUCUACCUUAUCUGGUUUGCAUCCUACUUCAAAAGUCACUUUAAACAAAAGUAGCUCUGAAGAGAAGUCACCAGCAAAUACAACUGGUGAGUCUUCUGUUUCUUCUCAACAGGACACAGGUGCUACGCGUCAGGUCAGUGGCCUGACACUUUCUUCUGUUGACUCGUCUCGUUUCGAGAUAACAAAACAAAAGAGUUCUGAUGGAAUUGCUGAGUUCACUUGGAGGACAGACUUAGAAGAAGAAGGUAUACAGACUUGUGUGAAAGCCAUUGCUUCUCUUAAAAUAGCCAGUGAAGAAGCUGGUACACCUGGAAAGAGUCAGCGUGCACACGUUUAUGAGCACCAAAAGAAGGCCUUAGAAAGUGCACAGACUGCCAUUAAGCACUUUAGUGGAUUUGAGGCAAGCCAAGAGAAGGGCUGCAUUUCAGCCACCAAACCCGACAUGCACAGUGAGAAGGAAAACCUUGGUACUUCACAGCCUGCACUAGGUCAUUCCCCCCAAUUCAGCAAAAAUGGGGAGAACAGACGUUUGGGUCUUGGUAGCUCAAAUGAACUGCACUCACAGGAGGAAACAUCAGAUUUGUUGUCAGAACGAAACAAAGUACCUUGACUGGAAAGAUGUAUAGACUAGAGAUAUUUACUUAGUUUGGGGAUGGAAUCCCAAAAGUACAGCAUGCAUAGUCUAAAUUUAUUUGCUAUUGUACGUACUUUUUCAAAUAGUUUGGGUCAUGAGAAAACUGACCAAAAUCUGACAUGGACUUGUUAUAUUGUUGGGUCUGGUACUUUGAAAUGUACAGAUGUUUGUGCCUUUUCUUUACUUUGCUUAUAUUCUUAUAAGCAUUUUAAGCAGGAAUUUGUACAUAUUUUAGAAUUUGUGUAUCUGCUUUGUAAUAAAUGUAAUUUCACUCCUUUUGGACACUUGGGUCUAAAUUAUGUAAAGUGAAAUAGCAUCAAUAUACCUGUGAGGUUGCACUAAAACAUAUUUUUAUAUGAAUAAAACCAAACUGCUUUAUGUACAGCUAUAAUUCUGUAAUACUAAUAUUUAUUUACUUUGUUUCAUAAACUGUACAUUUUUUCUUAAUGUUGUGGAUGACUUUUUAUGUGAAGCAUGGGUUUACUAUUACCUAAUUAGAACAAAAAAUGUAUAUUGUAAACUGGCUAUUUAAAAAUUAAAAUAUCUUAUCUCUUACCUGCACUUAUACAUUAGCUAUAAAGAAACAUACAAUGUAACAGGUGGUUCUUGACUCCUGUAACCUUUGUCUUGUUUGCUUGAUCGAUUAUAACUUAAAAGCUCAAUGUGAUUUAAAAAAAUAUAUUACCGUGAAGCAUUAUGUGAGGCAUUGUGCUAUUGUGAGUUUUCAAAGCUUUAUAAAACAGUGAUACAUAUAAAUAUUAAAGGUAUUUGAUCUGUUGUGAACAUAUUGAUCUGGGUACCCAGUUUAAAUAAUAUGGGAGAGAAAAAAAAACAUUCCAGCCUAUGUAAAUAUGUAUAUGUGCAUCUGUAGUGCAAUUCUGUGUAAUUAUAUCAAUUGGACACUAUGUCACGACUUAACUUUACUGCGGUGUCUUUAAAAAAGGUGACAAAGCACAUCUGAUUGUAUUAGACUGGGGUUCUCUUUGUGUUGUUUAGUGGGUAAUAAAAUUAUUCUGUGAAAUCAAGUUUGUAUAAUAAAUACAAAUACAUUAAGGAGUGUUUAAAGGAAUUACUAAAAUGGCAUGAGAUGCAUGUACUGUAUAACUUUUAGUGAUUUUUAUAUGUGUUUGCAUCCUGAAGGACUGCAUAUUCUAAAUAAAAAGCAAAUAAUUUUAUCACAUA